AUUUGCUGUUCUAUGGACCCCCUGGAACCGGCAAGACAUCUACUAUCUUGGCCUGUGCCAGGAGAUUGUAUUCGCCCAAAGAAUUCAACUCUAUGGUCCUGGAGUUGAAUGCUUCAGAUGACCGUGGUAUUAAUGUUGUUCGAGACCAGAUCCUUAGCUUUGCAAGUACUCGAACCAUUUUUAAAUCUGGCUUUAAGUUGAUUAUUCUUGAUGAAGCUGAUGCAAUGACUAAUGAUGCCCAGAAUGCGCUUAGGAGAAUUGUGGAGAAGUUUACAGAAAACGUUCGCUUUUGCCUCAUCUGCAACUACCUUAGUAAAAUAAUUCCAGCCAUUCAAUCACGCUGUACACGCUUCAGAUUUGGUCCUUUAUCUUCAGAACAGAUCCUUCCUCGCCUCAAUCAUGUCAUUGAGGAAGAAGGUGUUCAAGUGACAGAGGAUGGAAAGAAAGCACUGCUAGCCCUUUCAGGAGGGGACAUGCGGAAGGUUCUAAACAUUUUACAGUCCACUGCCAUGGCUUACAAUGAGGUCUCUGAGGAUAAUGUGUACACCUGUGUUGGUCACCCCCUUCGUUCAGAUAUCACGAACAUCAUCAACUGGAUGCUGAAUGAAGAUUUCCAGCUUGCCUACAAAAAUGUUUCUGAACUAAAAACUGCCAAAGGACUUGCAUUACAAGACAUCUUAACAGAGAUUCAUACCUACAUUCACAGAAUUGAUUUUCCAGUAGAAGUAAGAAUUCAUCUUGUGGAACGCCUAUCAGACAUUGAAGUGCGACUGUGCUCUGGGGCAUCAGAAAAAAUACAGUUGUCAGCAGUUCUAGCUGCCUUUGCCCAAGCAAAACAUAUGGUAGCAACCCAGGCAGCUGCUUAGGAAGGGGU